UCAAUUUUGUUUUCGAGAAGAUUCAAAAAGAGAAGAAGGGUUAAUUGGGAGUAGUGAUAAGUUUUGGUUGGGAAGAUCGUCGUCGUCGAUCAUCGAUCAUCAUCAUUGAUCACCGAUCAUCAUGGGGAUAUUCGCUUUGAUGACAGGAAGGCCAGGGCCAAGUGGGUUUGGAUCAGCCUCAACGGCUGAGCAAGUCACUGAAGGGAUUGAUGCCUCCAAACUGACCGCCCUUGUCACAGGAGGGGCAAGCGGGAUUGGAUUGGAGACCUCAAGGGUUUUGGCUCUCCGCGGAGCGCAUGUUAUCGUUGCUGCAAGGAACACAGACGCUGCAAAUGAAGCGAAACAACUCAUUCUCAAAGACAUCGCCAAUGCUCGUGUCGACGUUCUAAAACUCGACUUGAGCUCAAUCAAGUCUGUAAGAGCAUUUGUUGAUAGCUUCAAUGCUCUUAAUCUCCCCCUCAACCUCUUAAUAAACAAUGCUGGGGUAAUGUUUUGCCCCUUCAACCUUUCAGAAGAUGGAAUAGAGAUGCAAUUUGCAACUAAUCAUCUUGGUCAUUUUCUCUUAACAAACCUCCUCGUCGAAAAGAUGAAGGAAACAGCAAGAACCACCGGCAUCGAAGGAAGGAUUGUGAAUCUAUCCUCAAUAGCUCACCUCCACCCUUGUGAAGAUGGAAUUCAGUUUGAUAAGAUCAAUGACCAGAAUAGUUACUCUGACAAGAGGGCAUAUGGACAAUCCAAAUUAGCAAACAUAUUACAUGCCAACGAGUUAUCACGUCGCCUACUGGAAGAGGGUGUGAACAUUACAGCCAAUUCAGUCCAUCCAGGACUUAUAAUGACACCUCUCAUGAGGCACUCAGCACUUCUAAUGAAAACUUUGAAGUUUUUCACCUGUCUCCUAUGGAAGAAUGUACCUCAGGGAGCAGCGACAACAUGCUACGUGGCACUUCACCCAAGUCUGAAAGGUGUAACAGGAAAGUACUUUCUUGACUGCAAUGAGAUGACACCAAGCUCUUAUGCAAGAAACCAAAAACUGGCCAUGAAACUCUGGGACUUCAGCAACAAAUUGGUUGAUUCUGCUUCAACUUCUUGAGCUAGAUUUAUCACAAUUAUAUAUAUAUAUAUAUAUAUAUAUAUCAUUAUCACUACAA